AUGAUAGAAAACUUUAAAGUGUGCAACCCAAAUAAAACAAAUGAUAUUAUAUCAGCCCAAACAAUACCCUCAACAUCAUCGAAUAAUACUUCCAUAUUCCAAGACAGUUAUGAUAAUGUACUUCCAAAAAUUGGUAAUACUCGUGCCUUUGAUUGGAUUGACUCCCUUUUGUAUCUCCUCACGGCAUUGGUCGUACCUUACUUGCCAAACAGUCCUGUCGAAAUUGAUCUCUUAUCACUCAUAAACGGUUGUGCGCUUGCCUUAUUAUGGUCUUUGAAUGCCGCAGUUGCCAAGCAAGGUAGAAACCUAAUAAAGUCCAAGUCAAUCAGUGUCCACGAAGAAAUAAAUCUCAUUCAAACCGAGACAUAUGGUAGAGAAAGUUAUAUGAAUAUUCCUGAUGAUCAUAACGAUGCGCAGUUGUGGGGGCCGUUUUAUGGAUUUGUUAAUUCGAAGGAUAAUUUAGUGAAAGGUGUAAGCGAUCCUAGUGUGAAGAAUGCCUUAACAAGCUUGGCCGGUUAUGAACUUGCUGAUUCCACUAUUGUUGUUACUGCUCGUUUAUGGAUGAUCUCGAACUUGUACUCCUUGUGUAUGUAUCGAAGAAGAAAAAAUCGUAAUACAACUGUGCACAUCUGGCUCGCUGAUACGGUUCAAUUCUACUUCAAGCAUAAAAAUCCUCAUGGUAUUCUACACUUCAUUGCGUUUGUUGAUGUCAUGAAGGAACAUGACGUGAUCGGCCACGACUCGUUUAUUAAUCGGGAUAUCGAAUUUGACCCAUUUUAUGAGACUUGUCAACUACAUAAGGCAAUUUUAAAAGGGCAAGUAUCCAUAAAUGGACCCUCUCAAUAUUUUGGCAAAACCGAAAAAUGA